CUCAAUGGUUAACUCGAAUCGAUGGAAGGUAACUGGUAAUUUGGUUAUGUUUGGCAGGUUUGAACGUCUGUCAACAUAGCAAGAGAAUGGGUUUGUUUGGCAAAUCCCAGGAAAGAAAUCCAAAAGAAAUGGUUCAAGAAUGGACACAUAAAUUAAGGAAGGAGGGUUAUCAACUCGACAGACAGGUUAGAGCAAUUCAACGGGAAGAGGAGAAAGUAAAACGUUCCCUAAAAGAAGCAGCUAAGAAAGGUGAUAAGGAUGUAUGCAAAAUACUUGCAAAGGAAAUCAUACGUGCCCGUAAAACUUGCAACAAAAUCUAUACAUCAAAAGCUCACUUGAACUCUAUUUCUUUGCAAAUGAAAAAUCAGUUGGCUACUAUUAGAGUAGCAGGUUCUGUGUCAAAAUCUACAGAAGUAAUGCAAGCAAUGCAGUCAUUAGUCAGGGUACCAGAAGUAGCUGCUACAAUGAGAGAACUGUCAAAAGAAAUGAUGAAAGCUGGAAUUAUUGAAGAAAUGUUGGAUGAAACUAUGGACUCUAUAGAAGACUCUGAAGAAGUGGAAGAUGAGGCAGAUGAGGAAAUAGAUAAAAUUUUAUGGGAAGUUACAGCGGGCCAGUUAGGUACUGCACCUGCAGUUGUUACAGAAACCCCAGGAUCAGUUGUAGCAUCUACAUCUGCUGAAGAAGAAGGGGAAGAAGUAGAUGAUAAAGAACUCGAAGAAAUGAAAAUGAGACUUCAAAGUCUUCGUAGUUAGGUAUAAUAUGUAAAUAACCUGUUUAUAUUAAUUUUGUGUUGAAAUCUACCUGCACUAAUUAAGCAUAUGCAUACAAAACGUACAAACAACAUGGAAUGGAUGCCCAGUGAAAUUAGAUACUAUCAUUCGAAGUAUCUGAAUAAUGCUUUUAUACUGAGUAACCAAAAAAAUAAAGAUGAAGUAUUACAAAAAGAGAAAAACUUUUAUUCUCUUAAUAUCGUUUCUGUAUCCAGCUUUUAUAAUCUGUACAAGAUACUAUAGCCAUAGAUAUAGAGAAGCUGGCUUCUUAAGUGUAUUAAGUUUAAAACACACAUUGCUUAAGUUAAUUAUAGCUGUAACACCGCGUAUUAAUAUGUAUUAUACAUAAAACAUUAAUUUUGAUUGUUA